AUGAUUAACUAUCUAAUCCUUCUCUCUCGGCAAGGAAAAGUCAGACUCUGUAAAUGGUACAUCCCACUCUCUCAAAAGGAAAAACAGCUUGUCAUUAAAGAGCUGACUGCCAUCAUCCCGCUAAGAAAGCCAAAGAUGUGCAAUGUUAUAGAAUAUAAGGAUUCCAAGUUGGUCUACAAAAGAUAUGCUUCUCUUUUUUUUGUAGCAUCCAUCGAUACGGAAGAAAACGAACUACUGACUUUAGAGGUUAUUCAACGUUAUGUUGAAAUCAUGGACAAAAUCUACGGAAAUGUCUGUGAAUUAGACAUCAUUUUCAACUUCGAGCUGGCCUAUCAUAUUCUUGAUGAGCUAAUCAUAGAUGGAAUAAUGCAAGAGAGUUCCGUGAGUGAGAUUCUCAAGAGGAUCAAUUAUCAAGAGCAAAUGGAACAUAAUGACGGAUUGCAGACGUAA